AUGAUUGCACCUUCUAUUGAUUCUGAUAUUGAAAUAGUAACUACUCCAUCUCCAAAAUCACCUCCAGAUCAUCAUUUAUCUGGGCAUGUUAAUUUAUCAUUUGAACCUUAUAUAUUUCAAGCAUCAAAUGAUGUUCCAUUUUAUUAUAUACCAUAUUCAAAUUCAUGGAAUCAACAUUAUAGAGAAGAAGAUAAUUUUAUAAUGAAAAUGAAAUAUCCAAUGGUUUUUUGUUUUAUUUUAAUUAUUAUUAUUAUUAUAACUGUAACAUAUAUUGUUUUAGAUACUACUUUUGUUAGUACAACUGAAACAUUUAAAGAAUAG